AAGCCGCCCCCCGCCGCCUCACGUGAGCGGCCCGGGGCGGGCGUUCCGAGCCGCGUCAGUUCCGCCUGUGCUGCGCUGCGGAGGAGCCACGCGCGGAGCAGGACAAUGCCUAAAUCAAAGGAACUUGUAUCUUCAAGCUCAUCUGCCAGUGAUUCAGAUAGUGAAGUUGACAAAAAGGCAAAGCGGAAAAAGCAAGUAACUCCAGAAAAACCUGUCAAGAAACAAAAGACUGGUGAAAGUUCAAAAGGUGCAGCUUCUUCUAAGCAAAGCAGUAACAGAGAUGAGAAUAUGUUUCAGAUUGGCAAAAUGAGGUAUGUCAGUGUUCGGGACUUUAAAGGGAAAGUCUUAAUUGAUAUUAGAGAAUAUUGGAUGGAUCAAGAAGGUGAAAUGAAGCCUGGCAGAAAAGGUAUUUCUUUAAAUCCAGAACAGUGGAACCAGCUGAAGGAACAGAUUUCUGAUAUUGAUGAUGCAGUAAGAAAACUCUAAAGGCAGAGCCAUACAAAAACUUUUAUCAUUUAGUUGUAUUAAGCAGUCUUUUUACAUUGGCUUUAGUUUUCUAAAAUAUUGUUUUCCAAGCUAUUGUAUAUUUGGAUUGCAAAACAAUUUGUAAGAUGAAUACUUUUUUUAUGUGCAUUAAAAGUGUAUUCUGAGUGAGGCUAUUUGUGUAUACUUUACUAAAAGGAAUUGUGUUGCUUUCACCCCAUGGUGUUAAAUAAACAAAUCAAGUAAUAUGUAAAGCAUACUUGUUUAUGGCCUUUUGAUUGAAGGUGUUUGCUGAUAAGGCCACCUAAUAGCUUUAGUCAUUGUUUUAACUUCAGUUUAGUUUACAGUUAAUAUGAAUUUGUUUUCUGAGGGGAUUUCUUAAAAUGUCUCAGUUUCAUUUUUUCUUUUUUUCCAUUUUCUUUGGUAUUGCCCUGCAGCUUUCUGCUUUAAGACUUGAUACAAACAGUGAAUACUUGGAAAAACAGAUUUUUGUAGAUAAUUUUCAGUACUGUAUUUGCUAAUUUACCCUUUUAUUCAGAUGUAAACAGUCUUUAAUAUAUAGCUUUUUCUGCAUUACUUGCAUGAAGGAUUAUGCUAAACAAUAACACUUGAAAACACAACACGUGCUCUCUCUUCCCAUUUUUCUAUAGCUUGCUUUACCUAGAAAAUACAGGUAGCCUUCUUUCUUGGUCUUUAGAUGUGAAGCAUAAACUUUAACAGUAAUAGACAUAUACCUCAGAAUAAUUCAGUAUUUAAAAGCUCCAAAUGUGGUUAUUAGUACACUCUUCAAGGUUUGCAUUAAAUUAAUUCUGGAAUACAUACUAAUCAGUUAUUCCAUAGAAAAGGUGUGGUUUAUCUGGCUUUAGGGUUUUUGUUCAUUUGAAAGUAUUGUCUAAACAAUGAUGCUUAAGUUAGACUAUAACACAGGUUAAACAAUCAAAACAGGGUUAAAACUGCUGCAGCCAAAAUGUCUGUCUGUCAUGUUUCUGCCCCAUCCAUGCUGCCUGCCCAGGCCACCGAACUCAGGUUGCUUUCCGUAGCUCACGUGUGCGCAGCUGGUUUAUCUUUGUGCAGAAGGCGCUUAGCGCGCACAGGGAGCUUACCCAGUACACGGUGGACCAUGACCCAGUGAGCUUGGCUGGUCAGCCCUGCUACCUCCUGGACAGAAAAGCCUCUGCCCCGUGGAAGCUCUGUUACACAAGAUGCUGCCCUAGAGGAAGGGAUUCUGAGUCACAAACAAUGGGAAGGAGAAGAGGGAGAAUGUGAUGGAUAACUCGGAGAUGUAAAAAGGGCACACCAGGAUGGAAGUUAAUGGUGCAAGAUCAAAGUUUGCUGGCAAAAAAUAACUGCAGUGAAGAAACGGAAGCAGAAUUGGAGGAGUUCAUUUUCUGAAAUAAUUAAGCAAAGCAAGAAGAUAAAAAAACUUUAUGAAAAAGGACAUAUCAAGACUAGUGAAUGUCCAACUUAAUUAGUGUAAUUUUCCCAUUUAAUGAUAACAUAGUCUCUAAAUUUUGUAUAGAUAAACAAGAUUUACUGUUUGUUUAGUUACAGAACAUUUUGAUAUAGUUGUUUAUAUUACAAUCAUGUCUGCAAGUGCCAUAUUCUGUCUAUGUGCUGCAGAGUUCAUAAUUCAAAUAGGUAUUAAAGGCUGAGGAACAGAGACUUCAUCAAAUUAAGUGCAUGUUGUUUAGUUUAAAUACAUCACGUAUCUUCACUUGCUUUUUAACUUACCCAUUGUUGACAUAUUACAAAUAAAAUUAAGAUCUGUUUUUGUAUGGCUCAAGAAAUCACAAGUAUUUAAGAACUGCUUAAUAGCAGGGUGAAUAAAAAGGUGAAGAGAUGUUUGUGAUAGCAGAUGUAGUUUUGGGCACAGCAUUCUUUUUUGAGUGACUCUUAACAACAUAUAGGGCUAUUUGGACCAAAUACAAUAAAUAUGAAAUAGCUGCUAAAAUUUCACAGAUGAGUGAAUGAAAUAAAUUGCUUCAGAUCACUAUAGACAGGUUCUAGGUGUUUUUUAUUGCAAUCUAUAUAAUGUGAUUUUGUUCCUUUAAGUCUGAAAUUUUGCAACAGAUUUCAUGCUUUUUACCUCAGAUCUUUGAAGUGGCUACUUAAAAGCACAUGGUUAUGUUAGAGGGAAGAUUGUCCUCACUUAGAUUGCUGUUCUAAUAGGUGAAUUAUGUUCAGGAGGGUGGGAAAUUAAAAUCAUUCAUUUAGGGAGAGUAAGUGAAAAGGUUUAAUAUAGCAAUUAGUUUUCAUGUGGAAAUUGAUGGCAGAGAAAUUCAAAGAAAUUAGUAUUUGUUAGACAUGAACUAUGGCUUAGUAGUAUCAAAAGAGACAAAUCAGUUUCAUGGAUGAAUUCAAAAUGGGAUGACUUCAUCAGAUGACUGAUGUGCUUUUAAUAUGGUAAUAUACAAGUAACCUCAGUAAGUGUGACACAUUCAGUAUUAUUUUGAAAUAAAUGCUAGUGAUUUUUCAUGUAAUCAUCUGUAGCUUCUCUAAUUUGAGAAGAAAAUUCAAAUCUUUUUUGAAUAAAGAUUAUUUUUUGCAGACAGUGUUAGCUAGGGUAUGUGUAGAAGUGUCCAUGGAAGAAAAUUGUGCAUGUAUGACAAGGCUGUCUAAUGUGAGAUAAAAGCACUGCUCCCUUUGCCAUUUAGGUGACAAAAGAUCUGAUUCUUAGUGUUUAUGCAGGGCAUAUUAGCAAUAUGUUUUAUAAAUUAGGCCUACUGUGGAGCCUAGGGGGAAAAAAACACAUCACAGAGCUGUGUGUGUGAUAAUCAAACUGUCAUGUACCAUGUUGCUCAUAUGUAGAGAUGUUCAUAUUGAAAAUAAACAAAUGCAGUACUAAUUUUGCUAUUUCUUCUAAAGAAAAUGGCCCUGGUUAUGUAUGUAUGUGAUUUGUUAGCAAAAAGAGAUUGAUGAUUGUAAAUCUGGUAACUCAAAUGUCUUCUUGUUAGCCAUGUGGAAUGUUUCCUGUUUUGCUCUGGUGAUGUCCAAAGCAGAGAGGCCACUGGAAAUAUGAGCCCUUCAACUGUAAUACCUUAAUGUUCAAAUAAAAAAGAGUUAAAUGGCA